UGAAAGGAACACAUCAAGUCUCCUGAAAUCUCGAGCGGAACAUUACGUAAUUUUGAGAUCAGUCAAAACAGUGAUUCCACUUUGUUGAAAAAUGAAAUUAAAACGUAUGUUUCCGUGCGUCGAAAGUGGGUGUCCUGUCGAGGUUUCUGAAAAAAGUAAAAAUAAAACCGAGGUGCCAAAAACUGGAAGUCUUCUCUUGCAGUUUGCUACUGCUCUCAAUGUCAGUUUAAUCUUUAUGGGAUGUGGUGUUGCUGAUUCAUGGACGUCACCCGCACUACCGUAUCUGCGAAGCAAAGAAUCCGAAUUCACGAUAACAGUGCAACAAGGUUCCUGGGUAGCGUCACUUUUUAAUGUUGGCGCAAUUUUUGGAUAUUUAAUAUAUCCCCUUUUCAUCGAUCGAGUAGGGCGCAAGUAUGCAUUGCUUAUUCUUUUUAUACCACAAAUUACCUCAUUGAUAUUAGUUUACGUUGCAAAAAGUGUAAUUGUUCUCUACAUAGCGAGAGUAAUUGGUGGCCUUGGCUUCUGUGCUGGGGAAAUAGUUGGAUACAUUUACAUUGCUGAAAUUGCAGAAAAGAAAAUUAGAGGCUCUUUAAUAAUUCUCGAGGCAAUAUCUUACAAUGUUGGUAGUCUCAUUGUUGUAACAAUUGGAGCUUUCCUUUCGUACAACAGUAUGAACCUAAUAUCACUCGCAAUACCUCUCUUGUUCAUUACAAUUUUUCCCUUUUUGCUCGAAUCUCCAUAUUUUCGAUUGAAACAAAAUCGAAAAGAGGAAGCAACAAAAAUUUUGUCGAAACUGAGAGGAAUAAAAGAUCCGAAAGCUCUGGAGCCAGAAAUCAACAGAAUGAAGGAAGCCAUCAUCGAAGGUGAAAUAAGCAAAAAAUAUGCGAUGCGAAAAUUAUUUGAAAACAAACGUCAUCGUAAAGCUUUAUUGAUAGUUUCACUUGUAAAAGCAAGUACAGCUUUUUCUGGAUACUUGGCGGUUUCUUCUUAUAGUCAAGAAAUUUUGAGUUACAGUGGAUUUUCUUUGGCUCCUGAAUAUGGAACAAUAGUCUUAACAUUAGUACCAUUGUUAUUUAUUAUACCAACAACUCCAUUAGUUGAUUAUAUUGGAAGAAGGUGGCUAACUUUAUCAUCUGCUAUAGUUUGCGCCUUAACUUUAGGUGUUGUAGGAUUUUUUUUCUUCCUGAAAUACUCUUUAAAAAUUGCUGACCUUACAGCAAUUUCUUGGUUGCCUCUGGUUGCAUUAGUGGUUUUCAAAAUUUCUCUUAUGGGAGGAAUAUAUUCGACGUCAAAUGUUCUGGCCUCUGAGCUUUUUCCAGUUGAAGUAAAAAGUUCUGCAUUUGCGCUUAUUAGUGUUUCGAGAGAAAUUUUGCUAUUUUUAAUAAAUUUAGGUUUCGAAUGGUCAAUUAGCAAUUUUGGUAUUUAUAGUGUUUUUUGGAUGUACGCUGUUUCGUGUUUAAUAUUGUCAGCCUUUAGUUUUUACAUUAUGCCUGAGACUAAAGGCAAAAAUUUAGAGGAGAUUCAAAUGCUAUUAGACUGAGUAU